AUUUGUAUCAGUUUUUUUCAGGAUGACAGACGGAAAACACCCGCAUGUGAUCUUUUGCAACGACUCUCCUAAAAGAGUCCUGGUGUCUGUCAUCAAGACCACCACUCCGAUCAAACCGAAAGCCGUGGAGUCGCUCAUGCCCACCAGUCCCGGGUUCAGUGAUUUUAUGGUGUAUCCGUGGCGAUGGGGUGAAAAUGCCCAUAAUGUGACUCUCAGUCCUGGAUCAGGCACCGGAGGAGCUUCUCCACCCCAGAACAGCUCAGCUACAGAAGCGGACACCUCAGCAUGCUCUGAUUUAAAGGACGGCAUCCGGCGUGGCCGCCCGCGUGCUGCGACCGUGCGAGAGCUCAUCAACGAGGGUGAGAAUUCCACCAGCCGCAUUCGCUGCAACGUCUGCAAUCGCGUGUUCCCCCGAGAGAAGUCGCUGCAGGCCCACAAACGCACACACACAGGGGAGAGGCCAUACCUGUGUGAUUAUCCAGACUGCGGAAAGGCUUUCGUCCAGAGUGGCCAGCUGAAAACCCAUCAGCGUCUCCACACCGGAGAGAAGCCGUUUGUUUGCUCAGAAAAAGGCUGUGGUAGCCGCUUCACUCAUGCCAACAGACACUGCCCCAAACACCCAUAUGCCCGACUGAAGAGAGAGGAGCCUACUGGUGAACCUGGCAAAUCACAGGGUGUUGACAACAAGGCUGUGGCUGAGUGGUUAGCAAAAUACUGGCAGACGCGUGAGCAGCGUGCCCCCGUCCCGAGUAAAGGCAAGACCCUGAACAAAGUCGCAGUGGACCAGGAGCAGCAAGACCCCAUGGACUUUCUGCCAUCUGAUGAGGGUGAAGAGGAGGAGCUCGACGAGGGGAAGAGCAGCAGUGCAGGAGAAGGGACGUCUCGUCGGCGCCUCCAGGAGCAGAGAGAGCGGCUCCAUGGAGCCAUGGCUCUUAUUGAGCUGGCCAACAACUUGUCUGCAUAAACUAGAGCUUAGGAUUGCAUUAUGCUGGGGAAAAUGAUGAGCAAAAUCUUUAAACAGCUGAGAGAUUUUUGGUCAAUAGUUGACAUUACUAAGAGAUUUCUUUCCUCACAUUUGCAAUCUUAGGAUUUCUGGCCUGCAAAGGUCGAUAUAAGCUAAAAGCACCUUAUUUGCUUCCAGUUUUAACG